AUGGCAGAACUAUCGCCGGACAUGUCCACCGUCCACCGCCCUUCUCCGCCGCCCUUCCUCCGCCUCACCGGGACCCCGUCGUUCAACCCGACCCGCAUCGGAGACCCGCUCGAGCUCCACGAGAGCGACGUCGUCUGGUCUUUCGCCGCCUCCCCUGCCCCGCACCCCCGCCCGGCCCCCGACGGCGACCGCCGCCGCUUCAAUCCGUCGAGAUCCGGACUCUCCGCUCUCCUCUGCGACGAGGGCCACCGCCUCGUCGGCCGGAAAUCGACCCCCAGGGUGAUUCCCCAGGAGGCGCGGCGCGAGGAGGCUCCGGCGAAGCUCCGCCAAUCGGCGCCCGUGAACAUCCCGGCGUGGACGAGGGAUCCGAAGAGGCUCGACUGGACGGUGGAGGACGACAGCGGCGGCGGGGAGGAGGAGGAGGAGAAGGAGAUGGUGCCGCCGCACGUGAUCGUGGCCAGGUCGCACGUGACCUUCUCGGUGUUCGAGGGCGCCGGGAGGACGCUUAAGGGCCGGGAUUUGCGCCGGGUGAGGAACGCCGUGCUGCAGAAAACAGUUGAUGAUGACCGCCGAUAUUUCAAGCAGCAGGAGAUCACAAUGUAUCGGCAUCAUCCUGAUUCACUUUUGCAA